CAGGGGCGAGUCUGAAAGGAACAGUUUCCCAGGCAGAUGUGUGAAGAAAUGCCUGAAGCUAUGUGCUUCUUGCUGGGGGUCUCCAUGGCAACUGCAUCUUCUCAGGUCCUAAUUCCUGAAAUCAACCUUAAUGACACAUUUGACACCUUUGCCUUAGAUUUUUCUCGAGAGAAGAAAUUGUUAGAGUGUCUGGAUUACCUCACAGCACCCAACCCUCCCACAAUUAGAGAAGAGCUCUGCACAGCUUCAUAUGACACUAUCACCGUCCACUGGACAUCUGAUGAUGAAUUUAGUGUGGUUUCCUACGAGCUCCAAUACACCAUAUUCACUGGACAAGCCAAUGUCGUUAGUCUGUGCAACUCGGCCGAUAGCUGGAUGAUUGUACCCAACAUCAAGCAGAACCACUACACAGUGCAUGGUCUGCAAAGUGGCACCAAAUACAUCUUCAUGGUCAAGGCCAUCAACCAGGCUGGCAGCCGCAGCAGCGAGCCUGGGAAGUUGAAAACAAACAGCCAACCAUUUAAACUGGAUCCUAAAUCUGCUCAUCGAAAACUGAAGGUGUCCCACGAUAACCUGACAGUAGAACGUGAUGAGUCAUCAUCCAAAAAGAGUCACACGCCUGAGCGCUUCACCAGCCAGGGGAGCUAUGGAGUGGCUGGAAAUGUGUUCAUUGAUAGUGGCCGUCAUUACUGGGAAGUGGUCAUAAGUGGAAGCACAUGGUAUGCCAUUGGCCUUGCUUACAAAUCAGCUCCGAAGCACGAAUGGAUUGGGAAGAACUCUGCUUCUUGGGCCCUCUGCCGUUGCAACAAUAACUGGGUGGUGAGACAUAACAGCAAGGAAGUCCCCAUUGAGCCAGCCCCCCACCUCCGGCGCGUCGGCAUCCUCCUGGACUAUGACAACGGCUCCAUCGCUUUUUAUGAUGCUUUGAACUCCAUCCACCUGUACACCUUUGAUGUGGCGUUUGCGCAGCCUGUGUGCCCCACCUUCACCGUGUGGAACAAGUGUCUGACGAUCAUAACUGGUCUUCCUAUCCCAGACCACCUGGACUGUACAGAGCAGCUGCCUUGAGCAUCAGGCCCCGUGGAGCUGCUUUCUGGAGAACAACAAGUUUCAGGCCACUGUUUUGGGGACCGAGAAGACAGGCUUCGAGAGAGUGUGAUUAAAUCUCCCCCAAAGUGUCCAGAAAUCAGUUAAGAUAGGGCUCAAAAUGGGAGAUUUCGUUCCUUUUACUGUGUUUUGUAUUAAGUACAGGCUUUAAUAAGUACUUUGAUUUUUUGUAUUUAGAGGGAAACCUAUAGAUUAUUUAUAAAAGAAGCAUAAUCAGAAUUACAACUCUUAGGAAUUUCUUGGUUUUGCACAUUAAGAGGCCCGUAAGUUUGCCAACUCUUUACAACUUUUAUUUCAUCAUGGUUUGUGGGCUUGCAAAGAAAAAAAAAAAAACCUUUUUUAGAUUUGUGGGUUUAUUCACCUUCU